AUGCACACUUCAAUCUAAAAUCAUAUAAUUUGCUUGCAGCCUCUCCAUUAAGGCAAAUUUACAAAAGAAUUUGUGGUCGACAAGUGGGAUCACUCUAGAAAGUAAUUGGUAUAAACAAAAAUUCAAAUUACAAUUUAAAACCAAGAGUUUAUGAUUUAUUCACAAGAUGGAGUCAUUUUGAGAAUGUAAAUUCAAGUAUAUAUAAAAAGCGAAAAAGUUUAUGAUUUCGAAAAGAAUCCAGAAAUACUAAAUAAUAUGGAAUAGAUCAAGAAUCUAACUUGGUAAGGUUUAUAUGGAUUGAACGAUAAGAAGUAUGGCAAAUGGAUUGCUUUUUGGAAUGUACUUGAAUUAAUGGAUGUUGGUGGAUACUAUAAGGAUGGAUUGAAGCAAGGAUUGUGGAGAGAUAUAACUAAAAACUAUUAAUCGUAAACUAUUAGAAUUUAUAUAAAAAUAGUCAUAUUCAAAUUUUUGAAAUAGGUGAAUACUAAAAAGAUUUGAGGGUAGGUGUAUGGAAAUAUACUGAUGACAAUAAUAAUUGGAUGUAAAAUUUUAGUGACUAUCUAGUGGUGGUGGAAUAUACGAUUAUGAAGGGUACAAGAAAGGAAAAUGGAUUGUUUUGGAUGAACAAUUUUCAAAGUAAUCUGAAGUCAUUUAUAAUGGUGAAUAUAAUAUCAAGGGUUAGAAAGUCGGAAGAUGGGAUAUCUUAUUAAAUGGAAAAUAAAUGUAAAUCAUUAUAAAUAUCAAUAUCUCAGUGGAGGUGGAUAAUACCAUUUUUCUUCAAGUAAUAAGAUUGGAAAGUGGAUAGAGUUAGAUCAAGGGUUUUACAUUUCUAAAUAAAUCACAUAUAGUGGCAAAUACAACGAACAUGGUAUGAAGACAGGUAGGUGGGAUAUAUUUUACAAUGAUUAUCUGGAUAAUAAUUAAUUGAAAAAUUUUAAAAUGUAAAGAAUAUAUUUCUAGAAUUUAGAGGUGGAGGAGAAUAUUAAUCUGGAAAAAAAAUUGGGAGGUGGAUUGAAGUGGAUGAAUAAUUUUGUAAGUAUAAAUAAGUUGUUUAUAUUGGUGAUUAUGAUAUGAUGGGGAUGAAAAUAGGUAAGUGGUGUAUAAAUUAUAAGGAUGGAGAUGAUAAAGAGAAAUAUAAAUAUAUGUAAAAUAAAAUAUUUCUAAAAAUUUCAGUGGUGGGGGAUCUUAUGAUAAUUAGACAGGAAAUAAGACCGGGAUUUGGAUAGAAUUGGACGAAUAAUUUUAUAAAUAUAGAUUAGUUACUUAUACAGGCAGUUAUGAUCAGAACAAUAUAAAGGUAGAUAGAUGGGAUAUUUAUUACAAUAAUUUUCAGGCAAAUAAUUAAUGGAAAAAAAAACUAAUGUAAAUACUAUUUUUAUAGAAUUUAGUGGCGGUGGGAAAUACAAAAGUUCUUCUGGGAAAAAAAUAGGGCUUUGGUUAGAAUUAGAUGAAAGGUUCAAGAUAAGUUUAUAAAUAUUUUAACAUGGUGAAUAUAAUAAAUAUGGUAUGAAGAUAGGAAGAUGGGAUAUAUUUUGUAAUAAUUAUCAUGUUAACGAUUGUUGUAAAAAUAUCUAAAUGUAACUAUUAUAAUAGUAGAAUUAGUGGAGGUGGAUAUUAUGAUUAUUGUUUAGGCAAUAAGAUUGGGAGAUGGAUAGAAUUGGAUGAAAGGUUUAGUAGAAUUAAAAAAAUCACCUACAACGGUGAAUAUGAUAUGAAGGGUAUUAAAAUAGGUAGAUGGGAUAUAUUUAACAAUGGUUUUUAGGCUAAUUAUUAAUUGAACGAGAAAUAUAUGUAAAAAUUAUUAAUCUAAUAAUUUUAGAGGCGGUGGAUCAUAUGAUAGUUCUUUAGGAGUUAAGUUUGGAAGAUGGAUAGAGUUGGAUGAUUAGUUUGUAGACUAUUAGCAAUAUACUUAUGAAGGGGAAUAUAAUUCCAAAGGAAAGAAAAUUAAUCUGUGGGUGAAAAUGGAUAUUAAGCAGAAUAAGUAACUUAAAGAAUUGAGAUAUGAUAAUUGA